CGCCGCCCUCUGCUAGGCGUGACGCGAUGGAGGAGACCCUCGGGAUUACCGGCACUUGGUCCUCAGCGGUGGUCGACGACAGUGUCGCGACUGUGGAGCAGUCCACGAAGAGGCCAAAGUUGACUAUGGAGCCAGAAAGCCGGCCGAAGUCAAUGGAUCUAUCGUACGCAGCUGACGGAUCGUCAUCGCCUGCCAAAGAGGGGGGUGCAGAUCGACGAGGAGAGACUCGAACCCGUGGCGUGCCCGGGCGAAGGUCAACCGGAAAAAGUCAAACAGAAGAAGAAAAUGAGGACGUGAACAUCACGCAUGCGUCCGUACAGAUAACGCAACAGCACGAGCACGUCGGUCAACGAUGGGAAACCAGUCCAUUUGGGGGAACUGGUCAACGACGACGAUGGAUGACAGGGAAUGUUGAAAAAGGCGGGGGAAUGGCAAUUGAUAUGCGACAGGGAAUAGGGGGCGACAAGACAUCGGAUCACGAAGAAGAGGGGCAGGCCCGGCAGGGGGCGUCGAUAAGGAGCGACAGUCAAGGACAUGGGCGGCAGGUCGAGCAGCCAAUGAACGACGUCCAGGAGGAAGAAUGGCGGGGAGUGAGCGACAGCAGCUCGGAUGAGGACUCGGGCUUCAGGAUCGUGCUCAGUGAUGAUGAUGAGCGGCGGCCGAUGAGCGACAGCCAAGGAGAAGGGUGCUCGUCUGCAGCUUUUCUGUGCGGCGAUCGAGAGGGGACUGGGCGGCAGGAAAUGGACGAUUACCAGCAAGGAAAAGAAAACGGGCGGCAGCAUGUUAGCGACAGCCAAGAGAAGAAUGCGCGGCAGCAGCCAAUGACCGGCGGCAGCCAGGAGCAGAAUGGACGGCAGCAAAUGAGCGACAGCCAAGAGGAGAAUGCGCGGCAUGGAAUGAGCGACAACCAAGAGGAGAAUGGGGGGCAGCAGAUGAGCGACAGUCAAGAGAAGAAUGGGCGGCAGCAAAUGACCGACAGCCAUAAGCAGAAUGGGCGGCAGAAAAUGAUGAGCGAAAGCCAAGAGGAGAGUGGGCGGCAUCGAAUGAGCGAGAGCCAAGAGGAGAAUGGGCGGCAGCAAAUGAGCGACAGCCAAGAGGAGAAUGGGCGGCAGCGAAUGAGCGACAGCCAAGAGGAUGACGACAGGCUGCCAUUGCCAAUGAGCGACAGCCAAGGAGGAGACGGAUGCUGUAGGCCAAUGAGUAACAGCCAAGAAGGAGGAGGACAGCCAAUGAUGAACAGUCCAGGAGAAGAAGAGCGGCAGUGUCAGUUAAUGAGCGUAAGCCAAGAUGAGGAGCGGCAGUCAAUGCGCGAUAGUCCAGACGAGAGAAGGCCAAUGAGCGACAGCCAAGGAGAGCUGAGGCUAUCAAUGAGCGACAACAAGUUGGAGGAGAGGAUGCCUGCUGAGAGGCAGGCGAUGGCGACCGAUAGCCAAGAAGAAGAAGAAGAAGAAGACUUUGCGCCGUCGAUGAUAGACAGCCAAGCAGAGGAUUGCGCGACCGCGUCAGCGAUGGACGACGGACUGUGCGACAAUUUGGAUGCAGCAUUGAGACGAUCGCAUAUUUGUCAGGAGCUCAUGAGCGACGCUCAAGACGACGGGAUGCUCGUGAAUGGAUUAGCGCUCAGAUGGCCUGCUAGGAAGAGACGCGGUUCGCAGUCACUAUUUCAGCGAAUGAGAUUUGGAAAAGCACCACCACGCCCAGUUCCUUCGCCGAGGCGGCGUUCUUUUUGCGGCAAGCGGUCUAUCAAUGGAGAACUGAAGAUUGAGCUGGUUGCGAAAUUCAAUUCUGCCACGUGUCAGUCUCCAGUAGAUACUGCUACUACCUGCCAGAUGGGACAUCAUCAACUUGAAGAAGGAGAAAUGACAAAAGAGGUAGAUUGCCUUUCAAUGUUGUCUCAAGUGACUUACAGAAUGUUGGAUCACCCUUCAUACAGAAUGUUAGCAGGAGAAGGACCAACAUCAGGGCCAGGAACAGGAACAGAACCAGGACCAGCAGCAGGACCAGGAGCAGGAGCAGCACCAGAAGAAGAAGAAGAAGAAGAAGAAGCCAUGGAAUGCCUUGCAACAGCAGCAACCAGUCUGGGUGUGGUGGAGAUGACAAUGUUAGCAGGAGAAGGACCAGCAGCAGGACCAGGAAUAGGAACAGGAACAGCAGCUGGAGCUGGAGCUGGAGCUGGAGCAGGAGCAGGAGCAGGAGCUGCACCAGAAGGAGAAGCAAUGGAAUGCCUUGCGACAGCAGCAACCAGUAUGGGUGUGGAGUCUGUGGACCGUGUGCGGCGUGUGGUGGAGAUGUUAAGGGAAGAUUCUGAACCAGAAAGGAACUUUGUGAAAGUCAUUGAGAAGAAACAUGUACUACGGAUUGGAGUCGAUCCCACUUCAGAGCGAUCACGGUUGGGAUCAGCGCCGGGACGAAGAGUGGGAUCCCGACUGGGGUUGGGAUUGGUCUCAAGAAAAAGGGUUUCAUCAAGUCACCUUUCGCAACGCAGCAGCCAUGACCAUGGAUUUGAUGAGCUGUGGAGUAUGCCCCUGGAGGAUAGACUCCAGGCAGCAAUCGAUGCAGACGUGGAGGAGGGCAACAUUGACGUGGAUGUGGAUGAUGAUUGGGUUGAUUUUCAUGAUGGUGUGUUUGGAGAGACUUCCAUGCCUGGCCCAGCGGGAGUAAGCGCAACCACAUUGGCCAUCGGAGAAGACAGUAGCAGUUUACCUUUUGCCUCCUUUCAGAAGGCGUCGGCCGUCAUUGAUAUGCAGUCUGACGUGUCAAGCAUCUCUGACAAGUGUAGCGGAGACAGAUGGCAGGAACAUGUUGAAGUGGAGGAAUGAAUGAUCAGGCGCAGCAGCGCGAGGGAAGAAGCACAUUUUAAGUGCGGAAAAAAAAACCAUGCAAGUAUUGAAUCUAUUGGCGGAAUACUC